AGUGCGCAGGCGCGGCCGGCGAGUUUCCCCGGGCUACAGCCGUCGCCGCCGCCUGCUGGUCCGCCGCCCUGCGCCAUGGCGGGCUGCGCGGCGCGGGCUCCGCCAGGCUCCGAGGCGCGUCUCAGCCUCGCCACCUUCCUGCUGGGCGCCUCGGUGCUCGCGCUGCCGCUGCUCACGCGCGCCGGCUUGCAGGGCCGCACCGGGUUGGCGCUCUACGUGGCCGGGCUCAACGCGCUGCUGCUGCUGCUCUAUCGGCCGCCUCGCUACCAGAUAGCCAUCCGAGCUUGUUUCCUGGGGUUUGUGUUCGGCUGCGGCAUGCUGCUAAGUUUUAGCCAGUCUUCUUGGAGUCACUUUGGCUGGUACAUGUGCUCCCUGUCAUUGUUCCACUAUUCUGAAUACUUGGUGACAGCAGUCAAUAAUCCCAAAAGUCUGUCCUUGGAUUCCUUUCUCCUGAAUCACAGCCUGGAGUAUACAGUAGCUGCUCUUUCUUCUUGGUUAGAGUUCACACUUGAAAAUAUCUUUUGGCCAGAACUGAAGCAGAUCACCUGGCUCAGUGUCACAGGGCUGCUGAUGGUGGUCUUCGGAGAAUGUCUGAGGAAGGCGGCCAUGUUUACAGCUGGCUCCAAUUUCAACCACGUGGUGCAGAAUGAAAAAUCAGAUACACAUACUCUGGUGACCAGUGGAGUAUAUGCUUGGUUUCGGCAUCCUUCUUACGUCGGGUGGUUUUACUGGAGUAUUGGAACUCAGGUGAUGCUGUGUAACCCCAUCUGUGGCGUCAGCUAUGCUCUGACAGUGUGGCGAUUCUUCCGCGAUCGAACAGAAGAAGAAGAAAUCUCACUAAUUCACUUUUUUGGAGAGGAGUACCUGGAGUAUAAGAAGAGGGUGCCCACGGGCCUGCCUUUCAUAAAGGGGGUCAAGGUGGACCUGUGACGGGCAGUGGCUCCGGUGACCUUGGGGCCUCCAACCCUGUGCAGCCUGGGACAAAACUGUUUCUGGUUGGCCGCUGCAACAUGGAUUUUCUUAAUCGUUUUACGUCAUUUAGUCACUCUUCUGGAAUGUCACUCAAGACCAAGCGGUCAGAAGGCCUGAGGACCCAAGGCCCCACUGGAGCAGUCUGUCCUUAUGCCGAAUCAAGGCGGAACAUGGGUGAGAGACGAGUAAGAGGCAAAUCACAGCAAUAUUCCACAGCGCCCUCCAGAGUGACCUGGGGAGGACUGAGGCCACACGCCACUGCCCCCGAGGCCAGAGUGUAAGUAAGGGAUAACCAGGACUCCCUGGGAGAGAUGGACUCUGUCCUCAGCAACCCUUCCGCAGCAGAAAGGGGUAGCAGGUACCCCUUCUUAUCAGCAUUAAAAAUGCAUUUACAACCUUUCAUUUAACCGAAAAACACAAACCGCUUUAACCUCGUUAUUUCUGUCCCUCACCGCAUGAACAUCUGCACAGUUUUAAAAAUACUCCCUCAUAGGAUGCUUUGGUCUUUCAUCUAUUUAAUCAUAGCUGCAAUCUAUUUUCUAUAAGUAGCAGUACACAUUCAAAGGGGUAUUCCUAGCUCAACGCUUGGUGUUCUAGCUCAACUGGAAUCCUGCAGCAAGUAAGCCUAGAUACCUCCACACAACUUGGCUGAGUGGCUUUGUGUGAAUGUGGCCCCAGGCCAAGGGGAUCAUGGCCCUGGCCAGCUUUCCUGGGGGGUCUCAGCUCCUGUUGUCAGUGACAGGCGGCUCAAAGGAGCGUCAGUUUCUCUUGAUCCAGAAGUGCUUAGUGAAUGCCUGCUCUGUGCAUGGCCUUAAACAUUGAGAAGUGCUGCUCUCCAUUUAUUUGGGAUUUGAUUCUCAUUUUAUCAUAGCUUAUAUUCUCAAUUUCAAUGUCAGUCUCAGAACUCUUGUUUUAUGUGUUCUGUUCUCCAAAUUACAUUGUCCCUCAUGUCAUUUCAAACUGUUGCCCAAAGGGAUUUGAACAUAUACAAGUACAAAUCCAAACAGAUUGACUCUCAAAAAUAAUCUUAAAUACUGCAAAUAGUCCCAACCAAGAUUCAGUCAAUAUGUUUGUAUUGCAAGUUUGGGAGAGUAGUUGGCUUUGAGUCACACAUCGAAGCUUUAAGAGGUGAAACGCUGGCUUCAUUCUGGACUAGACAGGAACUUGGCCUCAGCGUGAGAUCCUGCCAUGCAGUGUUACGGUGGCACUGAUGUAUGAAUGUGAAGACGUGGGCGUGGGGCCAGAGCACCACUCUGCUGCCCCACCACGCAGCUUGUGAGGAGCCACUAAACCUUUCCGUGCCUAGACCUCCCCAUCUGUGGAAUGGGGUCAAUACCACCUACCUCACAGGGGUGUUGUGAGGACUGAGAAGAACAAUGUCAAAUGUUUUUAAUACUCAGAUGUGGGGGCGACAUCAAUGAAAUCUGUACUGUGUAAAAGCUACACAAAAAUGGGCAGACAUUUGGUUAAUUGUGCCAGAUACCUAAAAUGUAUGUUCAGAAAAGCAUUUUAUCAACUCAGAAAUAUGACUUAUUUCUAGAUUUCA